AUGGAGCUCCAGGACAUACGGAGAAAAGUCGAGAACGAAAACAACAACCGCAUCCACGUCGCCAAGGCCAAGUUCCGCAACUGCUUAUGCCUCUUCAACAACUACUCCAAGUGCUACCUGAACAUUAAAAAGAGCUCCAACCGAGAAACUUCCAAAUAUGACAAAAUAUAUGGAAAUGAAAACAUCAGACUUGGGGAGGAAAAAAAAGCGAAGAAUUCCACCAAAGAAACAUCCCUUGAGUUUACGUACCCCUAUCGGUACGAACAAAAUAGAAGCAUCUUCCUAAUUAUAAAUAGCGAAAACAUAAAUUCUGGAAACUCCAGCAUAUGUCACAACGACAUUAUAUACAUCAUAUAUAACAACAAAAAGUAUGAACAUGUUAAUGUGCAGAAGAGGAAAAAAAAGAAGAAAAAAAUAAAGGAAAAAAAAAAAAAAAAAAAAAACGCCUUACAUGAUGGGAAAGAAGACAACUAUGGAAGUCUAAUGGGUUCCAGUCCGAACCAGCCGUUCGACACCAACCCGAUGUACAACAGCACCAUAUUCGAAACAAGCAAUCUAAAUUUCGGAGAAGCAUAUGAUAGUAAAAAAAAAAAAAAAAAGGAAAAAGCGGCCCAAGAGGGGUUAUCGGCAUUAACAAGUAAGGGAGGGAAAUUAAGAAAUAAAAAAAAUUUCAUUUACUCAGAUGAUGACGAUUCGGAUAACAACUAUGAACACAUCUUCACACACAUCAACUCGAACCUCCACUUUUUGAGUGUAUCCAAUGAUCACAUAGAGAAAGAAAAAAACCUCUACAUCCAAAACGAAAGAUACGUCAACUGUAAGGAUGUCAUAUUUAGGAAAAUGAAAUUUAAAAAAACCAUGUUCCUCAAUUUGGACAUGUAUAACUCGUGGAUAAUAAUUAAGAAAAGCAUACUAGUGAAUGAGUACCUGAACCGAGUGGCUAAAAACGACUUGGUAGACAUAAACGAUGUUCUCUACGAUGUCGUCAACAUGAGCAACAGAGUGCUCAACUGCUACACAAAGGUUUACAUAAAUGAUUACUUCCUACUUAUUAAUAAUAAGACGAAGGAAAUCUUGGGUGUCCAAAAGGCUCCAGCAGAACGUACUUCCAUUGGUAAUGCCCAAACGGGUAGUGGCCACAACGGGGGGGAAGCUAAUCCGGAGAAAAAAGAACCCCCCUUUAGCAACUCCAUGGAGAAUUACGAAUAUAGGUACUAUAACCUUGUGCUCAUAAAAAAAAUGAGCCUUAGCCACCUCUUCGGUACUAACACAGACAUCAACAUUACCUUCGCCUUCCACAAUGUGUGCCAAUCAAGUUACAACAAAAUUAAUGAAAACAGUUCCUACAUGCUCAUCUAUAAUUAUAAUCUAACCAAGGAGAGUCAAUUUUUUUUAACAAAAUCCAGUGGUCGAGGUGAACAGAUGAGAGCACCCGAUUCGCAGAACAUGCAAGAAUUAACCACCCACGAAGAUUACGCUUAUUUCAAUAACUACAUAACGAAAAAAAUUACGGAAAACUACCUCAGUUACAGUCUGUAUAUUAAGGAAUGCCUCCUCAUUAUCGACAUUCUCUAUGUCCUCAACAACAGUUAUGGGAACCUGGUUUACAUUAAGGAACACUACAAGUACGACCACCAGAUGUACUACACGUACGCGUGUGACGUACUGCAGAGGAGUAAGGGGCACCCGCAAUUGGAACGGGACGCGAAAGUGGACUCCUCCGUGUAUUCCUUCUCUUCAGACAGCGAUCAGGAUGAUGAAGAUGAUGAUGAUGAUGACAACAACGAUGGUAACGAUGACCGUAACUAUGCCGACAGUGAAGGAUCCUCCGCGUCUGCCUCCACUGACGCCUCCACGGCGUCGUCAGAGCAAAUCAGGGCCAAAGCCAACCUCACCCCUGAAGAGAAGCAGCUCUUCGGAGAGCUCAGCAACGACCUGGUCUACCUGAUGCCCAAGUACAAGCUGGUGUUUCAUCCGCUUGUCCUCACCGAUCGCGAAAGCAACAGUAGCCAUUUGGAAAUCACCAGAGAAAUAUUAAAGCUAGGAAUUUUCCUAAGGCGCAUCCAACGAUUCAUCGAAAUUAAUAAAAGAGGACAGUCCUGCAACUCCACCUUCGACAUCUUCUGCUGUUGCCUCUACAACAUCAGCAUGCAUAUCCUAAACCACAUCAACAGAAUUGAAGAAAAUGUUAGGAAUGUGUAUAAUUUUUCUAAGAUUUAUAUGAAGGAAGGGAAUGGAAACACCUACUAUCCCCCUGGAGGAAAUGGAAACACCUACUACCCCCCUGGAGGAAAUGGAAACACCUACUACCCCCCAGGAGGAAAUGGAACCUGGGAACCAAUUCCCGGGACAGAAACUCAAAGACGGCUGAAUGACCUACCCAUGUGUCUGUUUGAUGCAAAUUCCUUAUCUACAUGCACAGAUCCAGAGGAAAAAAAAAUUUUUUUUAGCAUCAACAAUUUGUUUCGCAAAAAUAUCCACGACUUUAACCUCUUCUUCAACAUCAACAUUGACAAGGCAGAGGAUAUUUCCUUAUACAAAAUAAAAAUAAUUGUGCUGCCACUUCUUCAGAUAGGAAAACUACUCAACAAAAUCAUUAACAAAAUUAUUAGCAAAAAACAAAUGAACAAUUCAAGGUACCUUAUCGAUCUGAUUUACAAACUGCAGGAAUACCUACACUCAGAUAGCAUCAACAAAACUGUCCUUAUGUAUCUUCUAAAAAAUAUUACCACCCCCUUGUUUGACUUUAUAAAAAAUUACAUCUUCUAUGGUAAGGUGAAAGACACACAUAGAGAAUUCUUCAUCCACGAAAAUAGAAAUAUCACCCCUUAUUAUAAACAGACAAACAAAUUUUACUGCACCAAUAUAUUCAAGUAUAUUUAUAAAAGAUAUAUAGACAUGUCUACUAAUUAUUGGGGAGCUAAGUAUGUCAUCAUCAAUCGUAAGGUUCCCACUUUUUUAAGAAAUGUAUCUUAUUACAUUUUCAUCACGGGGAAAUAUAUCGAUGUCCUUUCCGCCUGCUCCAAAUUGUUGACUUAUCAGAGUAGGCAUAGGCAUCGCCUAUAUAUAGACGGGUCUGAUUUACAUAAUGAUAGUGCCACUCGUGGGUGGGGCGCAACAGAAGUGGGCACCCUAUCCAUAUACGGAUCGUCUAAAAGGAACAACCAUGCAAAGGAGAGCUCCUCUCCUCAAGAUGAAAUACACCAAAGCGAACCAAAGAACCCAUGGGAGGAGGAGGAGGAGGAGGAGGAAGAAGAAGAAGAAGAACAGGAAGAACUGUAUAAUAACAAUAACAACCCCAUCCGGAACAAAAAGACCUGUCACCUAAUAUACGAUGGACACAAGAAGACCUACGAACAACUCAUACACAAUCAACACCUAUUUGCCUCGAAAAAAAUGUUCGAACUGUACAUAAAAAAAAUAGAUAUCAAGGAAAAAAUAAAGCAUCAUUACUUCUUUUUCUUCCUCCAAAUUAGUGACUACUUAAAAUAUUUUUACAUCCUAGCACAUGAACAUUUGGAAAAGCUGUACAAUAGCCAAAAAAACAACAACGUUUUGAACAAGCUCAAAAAUUUCUUCGACAUAUCUUUGAGAUCAUCUGUUCUCUACCAUUUGAAGUAUCGCCAUGACUACAACGUAGACGUAUCCGACAUUCUUAGUAUCAUCGAUAAUGUUAACCUGAUUAUCGACUUGAAGAAUUUCUACCUGAAUAUUAGUCAAGUUGAGGUUGGAAAGGAGCAGCAGGAGGAUGCCCUAUACACUGACGAAGCCAAAGCUGGAAAGCCUUCGCUUCAGUGGGAACAGGGGGAAUAUCAAAGUGGAGCUUACUACCAGAAGGGAUACGUGCAAGGUAGGAAUUCCCCUAGAGGAGAAGCCCCCAUCCAAUCAGAGGAAGACACUGACCUGGACACAGAAACGGAGAGCCCCUCAGAUGGGGAACAAGAAGAAUUAGGGGGAGAAUCCCCCACAAUGAAGGAACAGAAAAAUAGCAAGACAAAAAAAAAAACGAAAAAAAAAAUGCAAAAAAGAAAAAAAAAAAAUUAUGGUACCCUGGGAAAAAGAACACAAAAUGGAACCAACCUUGAACAACAAAAUCUCAUAGGAAAAAAAAAAAAAAUACUAGCUAACCUGAAAAAUAAUGUACUUAAUAAUAUACAGAAUAAUAUGCAGACCAAUACAAACGUAGAAAUUUACAAAGGAUUGGUUCUCUCCUAUCACAACAUGUUUCCAUACAACCUCAUUUUCAAUAACGUAACCAUUUUUAAGUACACACUUAUAUUCCGCAUUUUAAAUUACUGCAAAUAUAUUGAGCAUAAGCUAACAGAGGUAUGGCUCAAUCACAUGUUUGUAAAAAACAUUUUCAUAAAUGAGGAAUGCAAAAAUAAUUUAAUGAUGUGUAUACACACUAGGGAGUGCAUGAUCCACUUUUUAAAAUGCUACACGUAUCAUUUACAAAAUGAUGUGAUCAAGUCGGAGUAUGCUCACAUGAAUAUGAAACUAAAGGAAACUCUCAUUUUCGAUGAUAUCAUACACAUCCAUAAUGCCUACCUCAAUAACAUUCUGAAAUACUCUUUUAUAAUGAACCAAAAUAUUAUAAAUUCCAUUUUGAAGUUGAUAUCCAUAUCACACAUUUUUACCAGACAUAUUUUGAAAUUCAACUUUAACAAAAAUGAGCAACUGGAACGUGUGUCUUCUCGUGAAAAUAACAAGGGAGAUUGCAGCGGGGGAAAUCCUAAUGUAGGUCAGAAGGAACACCCAAAUGGAAUAGAAAGGAAAAAAAAGAAAAAAAAUAAUUACCACAGAAAAUUUAUACAAGAACUACUCAGCGACCAGGCAUACAUCUCCAUGAUACACAACACCAUUAAGCACUACGACAAGCAUUUCAGGAAUUUCUUCCUCCACCUCACUGACUAUGUUAGCAACAACAUCGAUGACUAUGCGCACAACUUUUUAAUCAAGCUAGAUUACAAUUUCUAUUACACCAACAAAUACAAAAUUAGCAACGCUCAUAUGGAUGAUGAACCCAACGAAGAAGCCCCUGUUGUAAUGAACUCCUCCUCCGCAGAAUACGUCGUCAGAGGAGGAGAAGAUGAUGAAGGUGUUGCUCCACACAGCAAUUCAUUCGAACGGGGUAACCUCGCCCAGCGUGGAAGACAUUUCGGGGGGCGAAUGGGCCAACCGCCAAGUGGCAGCUCCCCGUCUAGCCCCAACAGACUGGCUUACCAGGAAUAUGGCCACCCCGCGGAUCAUCUUGCAGACCAUUCCUCCGUCCCUUAUGAUAACACCUCCCUCUCGCACGAACAGGUUACCUACGCCGAGGGAUACUCAACCAAUUAUGAGGCGAACCCUCCCCAGGCGCCUCCCCGCCAACGAUAUGCACACCUAACCGACGAGACCGACUACAACCGAAGCGCAAACAACCACAGCGUACACUAUGCAGGCGUGCGCAACCCAGUGACACACCACAGGAACAAUUACCCCCAGACUCACCUAAACAAGGAACACAUGCUAAGCGAAAACAGGUUCGCCCCCUAUCACCUAGCCAAUCAAAAUAUCCCCUACGUAGUUAACCCAUACGAGAAAGACCAAGCCGCCUAUGACAACAAAAUGGGCAACGCCGCCAAAAGCACUGCUACCUACAGCAAGCUAAAGAAGUACGGAGCGCAUAACAAUGAGAACCUUCCCACCAUGGACGCGCCACGCAUCAACACGGCCAGCAUCAACACGGCCAGCAUCAACGCGGCCAACAUCAACGCGGCCAACAUCAAUGUCAGCAGCAUCGACGUAAACAGCAUCGAUAUAAGUGGCAUCGACGUGAACUCCGUCGACCAAAACGCGUAUAGCAGUAAAUUUAUCCCGCAGUAG